CUCUAAUCAAAUCUAUCAUCCAAUUUUCUCUCCCUCUCUAUGAAGCGAAACCAAUGGAUGCAUCACACACCUCUUUCGCUUCUUAGUCUCUGAAGAAGGCUUUGAUGUUCUGAGUUCUGACUGUAUCUCCAGUAUAGAUCUGGAGAGGGGGCAGUGCCGUGGACUGAUCUGCUUGGGAGAAUCUUCGAGUGACAGGAAGCUAAGAUGGCGACCACACUGACUUGGAGGUUCGCUGGCAAUAAUGGCAGCAGCCUUGCUGCUAAUGAUUUGGAAAGAAAUGGUGACGGGAAGGCUCAAGAUAUAGAGCCUCCAACUCCCCAUUCUGUUCUGAAGAUGGGAUUGAGAGAACGUAGCAGCAGCAGCAGCAUGGAAGAUCCAGAUGGGACAUUAGCAAGUGUUGCCCAAUGCAUUGAGCAGCUGCGUCAGAGCUCAUCUUCUGUGCAAGAGAAAGAGUAUUCCUUGAAACAGUUGUUGGAGCUUAUUGAUAUGCGGGAAAAUGCUUUCAGUGCUGUUGGAUCUCACUCUCAGGCAGUUCCAGUUCUUGUUUCCCUUCUCCGGUCAGGGUCACUGAAUGUGAAGAUACAGGCAGCAACUGUCUUGGGCUCCCUUUGUAAAGAAAAUGAGCUGAGGGUGAAAGUCUUGCUUGGAGGAUGCAUUCCUCCUUUGCUUGGUCUACUCAAGUCCAGUUCAGCCGAAGGUCAAGUAGCUGCUGCAAAGACUAUUUUUGCUGUCUCUCAAGGUGGGGCCAAAGAUCAUGUUGGAUCAAAAAUUUUUUCAACUGAAGGAGUUGUUCCAGUGCUCUGGGAGCAGCUGCAAAAGGGCCUGAAGACUGGAAAUGUAGUCGAUAGUUUAUUGACUGGAGCAUUGAAAAAUCUCUCCAGCAGUACUGAAGGAUUCUGGAAUGCCACAAUACAAGCUGGAGGAGUGGACAUAUUAGUGAAGUUACUGACAGCAGGACAGUCUAGCACUUUAGCUAAUGUGUGCUUUCUACUUGCCUGUAUGAUGAUGGAGGAUGCAUCUGUUUGUUCAAAGGUGUUGACAGCAGAGGCAACAAAACAACUCCUCAAACUAUUAGGCCCGGGUAAUGAUGCCCCUGUUAGAGCUGAAGCAGCCGGUGCUCUUAAAUCUCUAUCUGCCCAGUGCAAAGAUGCAAGGAAAGAGAUAGCCAACUCUAAUGGCAUUCCUGCUUUGAUCAAUGCUACCAUAGCUCCUUCCAAAGAGUUCAUGCAAGGUGAGUAUGCUCAAGCAUUACAGGAGAAUGCUAUGUGUGCUCUAGCAAACAUCUCUGGUGGUUUGUCUUAUGUCAUCUCCAGCCUUGGUCAAAGCCUUGAAUCAUGCUCCUCACCUACUCAAACUGCUGACACAUUGGGGGCUUUAGCUUCAGCUCUUAUGAUAUAUGAUGACAAGGCGGAAUCUACUAGAGCGUCAGAUCCUUUGGUAGUUGAGCAAGCAUUACUCAAACAAUUUAAACCUCACUUGUCCUUCCUUGUGCAGGAACGGACUAUUGAAGCCCUAGCUAGUUUGUAUGGCAAUCCUAUACUCUCAAUUAAACUUGCAAAUUCUGAUGAAAAGCAUUUGCUUGUUGGUUUAAUAACAAUGGCUGCCAACGAAGUGCAAGAGGAGCUUCUAAAAGCUCUCUUAACAUUGUGCAAUAGUGAAUGCAGUCUAUGGCGUGCACUUCAAGGCCGUGAAGGAGUUCAGCUGUUGAUAUCUCUUCUGGGUCUUUCAUCUGAACAGCAGCAAGAAUGUGCUGUUGCUUUGCUUUGCCUUCUAUCUAAUGAAAAUGAUGAAAGUAAAUGGGCCAUUACUGCUGCUGGUGGUAUACCUCCACUUGUUCAAAUUUUAGAGUCAGGAUCAGCAAAAGCAAAGGAAGACUCAGCAACAAUUCUUAGGAACCUAUGCAAUCACAGUGAGGAUAUACGUGCUUGUGUUGAAAGUGCUGAUGCUGUUCCUGCAUUGUUGUGGCUAUUGAAGAAUGGAAGCCCAAAUGGGAAGGAGAUUGCGGCAAAGACCUUGAAUCACCUAAUUCAUAAAUCUGAUACCGCAACUAUCAGUCAGCUUACAGCAUUAUUAACUAGUGAUCUACCUGAAUCCAAGGUUUAUGUUUUAGAUGCUUUGAGGAGUAUGCUUUCUGUUGUUGCUCUUAGUGAUAUUCUACGUGAAGGUAGUGCUGCCAGUGAUGCAAUUGAUACAAUGAUAAAAAUAUUGAGCUCAACUAAGGAAGAAACUCAAGCAAAGUCUGCAUCAGCUCUGGCGGGAAUUUUCGAAAUGAGGAAAGAUGUGCGUGAAAGCAGCAUUGCUGUUAAAACACUUUUGUCAGCCAUGAAGUUGCUUAAUGUGGAAUCUGAAAGUAUCUUAAUGGAGUCCUCGCGUUGCCUGGCUGCAAUAUUUCUUUCCAUCAAAGAGAACAGGGAUGUAGCUGCAAUUGCUAGAGAUGCAUUAUCACCCCUAGUAGCACUAGCUAACUCUUCAGUUCUGGAAGUGGCAGAGCUGGCAACAUGUGCUGUGGCAAAUCUUAUUUUGGACAGUGAAAUUUCUGAUAAAGCUGUUGCAGAAGAAGUUAUAUUGCCUGCUACCAGAGUAUUACGUGAAGGCACAAUUUCAGGAAAAACACAUGCGGCAGCGGCAAUUGCUCGCCUCUUACAUUCUAGGCAAGUUGAUUAUGCUGUAACCACUUGUGUGAAUCGUGCUGGUACUGUUCUUGCAUUAGUUUCUUUCUUAGAUUCUGCUAUUAAUGGACCUGUAUCCAUAUCAGAGGCUCUAGAAGCACUUGCCAUUCUGUCCAGGUCUGAAGAGACCAGUGCACAUAGUAAACCUGCAUGGGCAGUUUUGGCUGAAUUCCCUAAAAGCAUAAGCCCAAUAGUCCUGUCUAUUGCUGAUUCAACGCCACUGUUGCAGGAUAAAGCUAUUGAGAUAUUAUCUCGAUUAUGCAAGGAUCAGCCUGUAGUUUUAGGAGACACUGUAGCUACUGCUUCUGGAUGUAUAUCUUCAAUAGCUAAGAGAAUAAUCAAUUCCACUUCCCCAAAUUUAAAGGUCAAAAUUGGGGGAGCUGCAGUUCUUAUUUGUGCUGCUAAAGUAAAUCAUCAGAGGCUGGUGGAGGAUCUCAAUUUAUCUAACUUGUGUGCUGAUCUUGUUCAGUCUCUUGUUGGUAUGGUUAUUUCUUCACAGGCUUCUAUGGCCAAUCAGGGUGAUGACAACAAGGAAGUCAUUAGCAUUUGCAGGAAUAUGAAAGAGGAAGCCAAUGAAGGCAAAUCCAGCACUGGCACUGCCAUUAUAUCUGGUGCCGACUUACCUAUAUGGUUACUGUCUGUUCUAGCUUGCCAUGAUGAGAAAAGUAAAAUUGCAAUAAUGGAGGCUGGAGCAAUUGAGGUUCUCACGGACAGGAUCGCAAAUUGUUUCUCACAAUAUAGUCAGAUUGACUAUAAAGAAGAUAACAGCAUGUGGAUUUGUGCUUUGUUGUUGGCAAUAUUAUUUCAAGAUAGAGAUAUCAUACGAGCACAUGCAACCAUGAAAUCGAUACCAGCCCUUGCCAAUUUACUGAAGUCAGAGGAAUCAGCAAACAAAUAUUUUGCUGCACAAUCAAUAGCCAGCCUAGUCUGUAAUGGUAGCAGGGGAACACUUUUGUCUGUGGCAAAUUCUGGGGCAGCAGGUGGACUUAUUUCCUUACUCGGCUGUGCUGAUUCUGAUAUAGAGGAUCUUCUGGAAUUGUCGGAGGAAUUUUCUUUGGUGCGUUAUCCUGAUCAAGUUGCUCUUGAGAGGUUGUUUAGAGUUGAUGACAUAAGGGUUGGUGCCACUUCUCGGAAGGCAAUACCUGCCCUUGUUGAUCUGCUCAAACCAAUUCCUGAUCGACCAGGAGCACCAUUUUUAUCACUUGGGCUUUUGACUCAUCUUGCUAGAGAUUGUCCAUCGAAUACGAUUGUAAUGGUAGAGUCUGGGGCCUUAGAGGCACUUACUAAGUAUCUUUCACUUGGUCCACAAGAUGCAACUGAAGAAGCUGCUACGGAUCUGUUAGGAAUUCUUUUUAGCAGUGCUGAGAUACGGAGACAUGAGUCAGCAUUUGGUGCUGUUACUCAACUUGUAGCUGUCCUACGAUUAGGAGGAAGAGCUGCAAGGCGUAGUGCUGCAAAAGCCUUGGAAAGUUUAUUCUCUGCUGAUCAUAUUAGAAAUGCAGAAGCUGCUCGGCAAGCUGUUCAACCCUUGGUGGAGAUUCUUAAUACUGGUUUAGAGAGAGAGCAGCAUGCUGCAAUUGCUGCAUUAGUUAGGUUAUUGAGUGAAAAUCCUUCAAAAGCACUUGCUGUUGCAGAUGUUGAGAUGAAUGCAGUGGAUGUUCUUUGCAGGAUCCUUUCAUCAGAUUGUUCAAUGGACCUCAAAGGGGAUGCUGCUGAACUAUGUAGUGUUCUUUUUGGAAAUACAAGGAUUCGGUCUACGAUGGCUGCUGCACGCUGUGUUGAACCUCUGGUCUCUCUCCUUGUAACUGAGUUUAGUCCAGCUCAGCAUUCAAUUGUCCGGGCAUUGGAUAGGCUUGUUGAUGAUGAGCAACUGGCUGAAUUAGUUGCUGCACAUGGUGCGGUAAUUCCUCUUGUUGGCCUACUGUAUGGGGGGAACUAUGUACUUCAUGAGGCCAUUUCUAGAGCUCUGGUCAAGUUAGGAAAAGACAGACCUGCUUGUAAAGUGGAAAUGGUGAAAGCUGGAGUCAUAGAAAGCAUACUUGACAUCCUUCAUGAAGCACCUGAUUAUCUUUGUGCAGCUUUUGCAGAAUUGUUGCGUAUAUUGACCAAUAAUGCUAGCAUAGCCAAAGGACCAUCAGCUGCUAAAGUGGUUGAACCCCUAUUUUUGUUGCUGACAAGACAAGAGUUUGGGCCUGAUGGACAACAUAGUGCAUUGCAGGUUUUGGUUAAUAUCUUAGAACAUCCACAGUGUCGUGUGGAUUACACAUUGACUUCUCACCAAGCUAUUGAGCCACUUAUCCCCUUGCUUGAUUCUCCAAUUUCAGCAGUGCAACAGUUGGCUGCUGAGCUUCUCUCGCAUCUACUUUUAGAAGAACACCUUCAGAAGGAUCCAGUGACACAGCAAGUAAUUGGCCCUCUUAUACGAGUUCUUGGCUCUGGUAUACAGAUAUUGCAGCAGAGAGCUGUAAAGGCCCUAGUCAGUAUUGCCCUGAUAUGGCCAAAUGAAAUCGCAAAGGAGGGUGGUGUUAUUGAAAUUUCCAAAGUGAUAUUGCAAGCCGAUCCUUCCAUUCCUCAUGCUUUAUGGGAGUCUGCUGCUUCUGUUUUGUCAAGUAUCCUGCAAUUUAGUUCUGAAUUCUACUUGGAAGUUCCUGUUGCUGUUUUGGUAAGGUUGCUUCGAUCUGGCUCAGAGAGCACUGUUGUUGGUGCGUUAAAUGCUCUUCUUGUAUUGGAAAGUGAUGAUGGAACUAGUGCAGAAGCAAUGGCUGAAAGUGGUGCUAUAGAGGCUCUCUUGGAGCUCCUAAGAUAUCAUCAGUGUGAGGAAACUGCUGCAAGACUUUUAGAAGUAUUGCUGAACAAUGUCAAGAUCAGAGAAACAAAAGUUACUAAAUCAGCCAUCUUACCCUUAUCCCAGUACCUCUUAGACCCACAAACCCAAGCACAACAAGCAAGGUUAUUAGCAACUUUGGCUCUUGGUGAUCUGUUCCAGAAUGAGGGUCUUGCUCGGACAUCUGAUGCUGUUUCAGCUUGUCGUGCUUUAGUGAAUGUGCUUGAAGACCAACCAACUGAAGAAAUGAAAGUUGUAGCCAUUUGUGCACUGCAAAACCUCGUGAUGUACAGUCGAUCUAAUAAAAGAGCAGUUGCGGAGGCUGGUGGUGUUCAGGUUGUACUAGAUCUGAUUGGUUCAAGUGAUCCUGAAACCUCUGUUCAGGCUGCAAUGUUUAUUAAACUUCUCUUUUCAAAUCAUACUAUUCAAGAGUAUGCUUCUAGUGAAACAGUCAGAGCUAUAACUGCUGCCAUUGAAAAGGAUUUAUGGGCUACUGGAACUGUGAACGAUGAGUAUCUUAAAGCCUUAAAUUCUCUAUUUAGCAACUUCCCACGACUUAGAGCAACAGAACCAGCAACACUGAGCAUUCCUCAUCUGGUUUCGUCCUUAAAGACAGGCUCAGAGGCUACCCAGGAAGCUGCCUUGGAUGCACUUUUUCUGCUCAGGCAAGCUUGGUCAGCAUGCCCCGCAGAAGUUUCAAGAGCUCAGUCCAUAACAGCUGCAGAUGCUAUUCCUUUGUUGCAGUACUUAAUCCAGUCUGGCCCACCUCGGUUUCAGGAGAAGGCAGAAUUUUUACUGCAGUGUUUGCCAGGGACAUUGGUGGUGAUCAUCAAGCGUGGUAAUAAUAUGAAGCAGUCUGUUGGAAACCCAAGUGUUUAUUGUAAGCUUACACUUGGAAACACUCCUCCAAGGCAAACCAAGGUGGUCUCAACUGGCCCUAAUCCGGAUUGGGAUGAGAGCUUUUCAUGGUCCUUUGAGAGUCCUCCAAAAGGCCAGAAGCUUCAUAUUUCUUGCAAAAAUAAAAGCAAAAUGGGAAAGAGUUCAUUUGGGAAAGUGACAAUCCAGAUUGAUCGGGUGGUAAUGCUGGGAGCAGUGUCUGGAGAGUACACUCUGUUGCCGGAAAGUAAAAGUGGUCCCUCAAGGAAUUUAGAAAUAGAAUUUCAAUGGUCGAACAAGUGAAUACCCGUUACUGUCUGUAGUGUCAAGCUUUGAAAUUGGAACGUAGGGGUACACGUACAUGGUUGAAAAUUAAUUUUUUAUUUAAAUUUUGAAUUAUUUAUCAUGCUAGUGUAUAUAGCAGCAGUUGUUUGUUUUUUAUAUGUAGUCCCAAACAUUCUUUUGUCAUAAUAUUCUUUUGUAACUUGAUCCUUCAUUUCCUAAGUUAAAUACUAGGGUAACGAAGAUCAGGCCUGCUUCGAGUUUCAUAUAUGAUUUUUUUCGUGUUUUCAAUUUAAUGUGGGUCUGUUUUUUGCUUUCGGGGAUUGUACAACUGUUCUAUACACAUUUGAGAUUAAAUUGAAUAUAAA